AUGACUAAACCUAACUCGAACCGUCUUUCUAUCCCUCUUUUCCCUUCUUCUAACCCUUCCCCACGUAUUUCUCAUACACCUUCAAGCUCUUUAUCACUCCCUGGAAUUACUCCUUCCACCCCAACGACAAAAAUGGGAACAUCAGACAAGCCCGACAAACCGGAGAAGAUUGAAAAAUUGGAACGUCCUACCAAACCUCGAUCAGAUUCAUUAAUGUCUACUCGACCUGCUCCACCAUCACCAGCUUCAAGACCUUCUUCUCGUCCACCUUCACAAAUAUACUCUCCUCAUGUGAGUAGAGAUAGAUCGGGUUCGACCGGAUCGAGAGUUUUAAGAAGAGUUUCAGGUGCUUCUAGGAGAAGAUCAACUUUGUCAAAUAGUAUCGAACCUUCUUCUAAUCCCAUUCCUCCCACCACGACAAAAACCAUCAACACUACUUCUGGAGAAGAGAAUGUCGCUUCUACAUCUGAAAAUCGAAUGUCUGUUGGACCUUUAAAAAUCGGGGAAAGAUCGACUGGUUCUAUACCUGAGUUAACUGAAAAGUCCGAAACUCGACCUGAACAACCAUCAUCAUCAACACUUACAGUAGACGUGACUUCGGGGGAGUCGGUAAAGAUAAUGAAACAAGGAGAGGAAACGAAAGGUGGGAUUGGAGAAAAAGAUAAACAAGUUGAAAAAGGUAAACAAGUUGAAAAAGAAGAAAUCCGAUUCAAAAUCAUUAUAAAAGAUUACGCCUAUCCAACAUCUGAUAAUCGUCAUUAUGGUAUUUAUCCUUUACCACCACCACCAUCACGUGAAUCACGUCAAUCAUUAGGAGGUUGGAGAUUCCCAAACCCACUUUCUUCACCAAACAAAGAAGGUGAUAAAAAAUCUUGGAGUGGAUUCGGUCUUUUAAAUUGGAAAGGAUUUAGAAGAUCUUCUUCUUCCAACGAAAAUUCACCUGAUCCAAAUUCAAACGAUGAUGAACAAUUCGAUGAAAGUAUACAUCAUUUCGACGAGAAUGGUAAUGUUAUAAAUUUUGAUGGAUAUGAUUCAAACGGACAAGUAAACCUAGGAGGUGAUGAUGAUGAUGAUUUUGAAAUAAAUAAUACAUUAGAUGAUGAAGGUUAUUCUUUUUCUGAUGGUGAAGAAUUAGAAGAACCUUUUGGUUUAUAUAAAGCAAUGUACGAUUUCGUCCCUGAAGGUCCACAUGAAAUAGGUAUGAAAGAAGGUGAUUUGAUGGAUGUUAGAGGAUGGGGUGGUGGUGAAGGUUGGGUGGUAGUCGUUAUUAAAGAAAAUGAGAAUGAAGAGGAAAAAACAGGUUUGGUACCUGCUGGGUUUAUCGAGAAAGUCGAAGAAAGGACAAAAACUCCGAGUGAAAUGGGUAGUGGGGAAGGGUUGGUUGAUGAUCAAGGUGGUGUGAUGAUAAAUGAGGAGGAGGAAAGAAAGAAAUGA